UGGCGGCCUAGAGGAGGCGGGGGAGGAUGAUUGUUUUCCAUUUCCGGUAGAGGGAGUGGAGACGCUUUCCGGGGCGAGGAUGGGGUCUUUCUCUUCCUCCUCCAAGUGGGAGAGGGGGACUCUCCGGGCAGGGCGGACCACCUCUGCUUUGUAACUUUUGAGUAAAUCGGCUCUUAAGGCUGUAGAACGGAAUGGGGAAGGAGCCGAUGUUCUAAUAAUCUUCGAUUCACGGUUCUUGUUGAGGGUCUCCUCCGGUUCGGUAUUCAGUCGGCCAGAAAUCAUAAUAUCUAAGAUUACUGCAUAUUCUCUUAUAAUUCAAUUAUUACAGGUCCCUGUGUUCUUCUGACCUUCCCGCUUCCCUCUCUCUCUCUUUGUGCCCUCCAGGUAGACCUCGAAGUACAAUUCUAAUGGAGCCUGCCCAUUAGGGUCAAUCUCUCUGGAUUUCUGCUGUACUCAAGUUUUAGUGUAAACUCCUUUCAAAGAAGAAACUAUGCAGCGAAGGCACAAAGGAUUAAAUCCUGGAGUGCUUUUCCUCCUUUCUCAGCUUUAUCAAGUUGGAUUUAACAACAUUCCACCUGUCACGCUUGCAACCUUGGCAGUGAACAUUUUCUUUUUUCUACAACCCCUGAAACCUCUGGACAAAGCAUGUAUUAGUGUCAAUUAUUGUCUUUACAAAAAAGAUUGGCAUCGUUUGUAUCUUUCAGCAUUUCACCAUGCAGAUGACUGGCAUCUAUAUUUUAAUAUGGUCUCCUUGCUUUGGAAAGGAAUUAAAUUGGAGAAAAGGCUUGGAACUAUGUGGUUUGGAUAUAUAAUUGUACUGUUUUCACUACUUGUGGGAGCUGUAUACCUAUUUCUGGAAGCUAUACUGGCAGAACUUCUUGGUGAUCCUUUAUAUGAACAUCACUGUGCUGUUGGUUUUUCUGGAGUGCUAUUUGCUUUGAAAGUUCUUAAUAACUAUUACCAUCCAGGGGGAUCAACCAAUAUUAUGGGCCUGAAUGUAUCCAAUAAAUACUCCUGUUGGUUGGAACUUCUAGCAAUCCAUGUAUUAAAUCCACGGAGUUCUUUUGCAGGACAUCUGGCAGGUAUUCUUGUUGGCCUAAUGUACACCAUGGGACCCCUGAAGAUUUUCAUGACAGCAUGCACAGGUGGCCAUGUAUUUCCAACUGGCUUUUCAGAACAAAGAAACAAUUACAGAACAGGGAAUUUUAGAUACUCAGGUAGCCCAUUCUAUCCACCAAACAACUAUGAUAUGUAUACUGGUGGACUCACCGAGGAAGAACAAUUUGAAAGAGCAGUAAGUAACAGCUUGAGAGAAAGAGGCAGCAAUACAAGGCAUUACACCAGUGAAAGGAGGCCAUAUGGCUUCUGGCUUUCACCAGAAGAAUUAUCAGCUGAGGAACUCAGAAGGCAGAGGCUUAAUAGAUUUGAGAGGUGGCAGUAGUCUUAAAGUAUAUAUAUAUAAAAAGGGCUCUUCGUAGCUGUCCAAACAUGGUGAAUAUUUUUCAUUUAAGCCAUUUCUAUUUAACAAAAUAUAUUUCAUGAAGACCAUCUGAAGUGAGUGAAAAAGAUGAGCCUGCUUGGCACAUAGACUACCAAAUUUAAAACUGAAAUGCAAAAAUGCAAACUAAACAUCUUUAAAAAAUUAACUACACCAUCUAAAAUUCUAUAGCUACCUUAUAUAUAUUAGUUUUUUUCAAUGAAUAGCUUUUGGUAUUGUAAGAAUCUCAUUUUAUAAACUUUACUAACUUGAAUAAAAGUUUACAGAAUAAAAAUUAAAAUUAAACAUAGAUUUGGUCAGAUCAUUAAAAUGCAUGACCCAUGAUUACAGUACUUUUAUGAUCUCCAGAAAUUACUGAAAUUGAAUACAAUGAUUUACUAUGGAAAUGCUUUUCUACAAGUUGCACAUUUAGAAUAUGACAACAUCCUACAAUUUUUAGUAUAAGAUGAGAAAGCAAUGGCAUAAGAAGUACAUGUAGCUAUUAUUGUAGCUGACUAAUUAUUUUUGUGUACAACAAUAUGUAUUUGUAUUUUUUUAUUAUGUUAAUGAAACCAAAGUUUGAAAACUUUGAAUUCUUCCAUCAGUCUCAUUUCAAGUAGAUUUUGGAAUUCACACUAAUUUGGGUGCAGUCCAUUAAGCCUUAUUAAUUUUAGUUUAUAAGAAACAGCAGUAUUAUAGCUUCCUACAUUUUUAAUUAUUACUGAACUUGUAAAUAUAAAUUAUUUUUAUGUUCAUCCCAUAUCUUACUCCCUUUCCCUGGAAUAUUCCUCAUGGCCUUCCCAAAAUUGAGAAACUAAUAUUUUGUGGAAGUGAGGGGGGAAAGCAAAUUGGGAGUUUUGUCACAGCCAUAAAAUAUUACAUGUAAUAUUUAUCAUUGGACAUUAUGAUAUGUGAUUUAACUUGUUAUGAUGAAAAAAACUCUCCACACUUCACAUUUCAGUUUAGAUCAAGUAUUUUUUCUUAAACCAUUGUAAUUUUUUUUACUUAAGAUCACUCAGUGCCUUUCCCAAUAAAGUGUAUAAUAAUAAUCAUAUUUUAAGUUUCUUGAAUAUUUUUUGAAUUUUUAUAAUAUUUUCAAUGUUCAUAGUACUGUUGUCUUUGUACAGUACUUUGUUAAUAAACCAUCAGAUGAGCUGCACCUGAGCUGUUGUUGCAACUUGGUUUUUUACAUCUUAUUUACUGUCUAAACCAAGACAGAUGAUCUCAUGCUGAUUUUAAGCUUCCGAACAGGAACCAGAAUUGAUAAUGGCUCUUUCAAAAUAUGCUUCAAAGAUAUGUACAGAGGCCAUACUUUUGGGCAGUGAGCUUUGGACUCCUCAGGGCAGGCUCAUGGAGGACCAUCCUACCAAGAAGCAAUGAGGAUUUGAAUGAACUUCCUCAAUGCUUCCAUUGUCCAUUGUGUUUUUAGAUUUUAA